CGCUUCGAUCGGAUGGUGUAGCCCUCGGAACAAUUGCUGCUGAUACGGCUCCAGUUCCUGAUGCUUUUUCUAUCGACAAUGGUGAACUCGAUUUAGAUCGCCCUACCGAAGGGUUCUCCUCUGUUUCAGAGGCCAUCGAGGACAUCCGCCAAGGCAAGUUUGUGAUUGUUGUCGAUGAUGAAGACGGUGAAAGUGAGGGAGAUCUUAUGAUGGCUGCGCCUUUGGUAAAUCCAGAGGCUAUGGCUUUUAUAGUCAAGCACGGGACAGGAAUCGUCAGUGUGAGCAUGAAAGCAGAAGACCUCGAAAGAUUAGAGCUUCCUCUCAUGGUAUCAAACAAAGAAAAUGAGGAGAAGCUGCGCACAGAUUUCACUGUCUCAGUGGACGCCAAAGAAGGUACGACAACUGGUGCAUCAGCUAGAGAUAGGGCAAAGACAGUUCUGAAGCUUUCAUCACCAGAUUCAAAGCCUGAAGACUUCGAUCGCCCUGGUCAUGUUUUCCCAUUGAAAUACCGAGAGGGUGGUGUUCUGAAAAGAGCUGGGCAUGCAGAAGCAUCAGUUGAUCUGGCUGUGCUGGCUGGAUUACCCCCCGUCGGAGUUCUAUGCGAGAUCGUCGACGAAGAUGAUGGUUCCAUGGCUCGUCUACCGAAGCUACGUGAAUUCGCCAAGAAAGAGGAUUUAAAGAUGAUCACGAUCGCAGAUUUGGUCCGAUACAGGAGAAAAAGAGACAAGCUGGUCGAGCGUGCUUCUGUCGCACGCUUACCUUUGAAGUGGGGCUCCGUUCAUGGGCACUGCUAUCGGUCACUGCGUGAUGGAAUAGAGCAUAUUGCCAUGGUUAAAGGGGAUAUCGGGGAUGGCCGAGACAUCCUCGUGAGGGUGCACUCGGAGUGCCUCACCGGCGACAUAUUUGGAUCAGCUAAAUGCGACUGUGGCGAUCAGCUCGCGCUGGCUAUGGAAAUGAUCGAGAAGGCUGGCAGGGGUGUGGUGGUUUACCUUCGUGGGCACGAAGGGAGGGGUAUCGGCCUCGGCAACAAGCUUCGUGCUUACAACCUGCAAGAUGAUGGACGGGACACUGUGGAAGCUAACGAGGAACUCGGAUUGCCUGUAGAUUCACGGGAAUACGACGUUGGUGCGCAGAUAUUAAGAGACUUAGGCGUUCGAUCAAUAAGACUGAUGACGAACAACCCGGCCAAGUGUGAUGGACUCAAAGACUACGGAUUUAGCAUCAUCGACAGAGUUCCUCUACUUACACCAAUCAACGAGGAGAAUAGAAGAUACUUGGAGACAAAAAGAGCAAAGAUGGGACACAUUUAUGGAUCUGAAUUCAAUGGUCAUCUAACUAGUAUCAUUCAAAGGAUUAAAGAAACUAUAUAA